UUUUGGAACUAUAGACUUUAAAACUUCAUCCACUAUUUCUUCUGUGAAGAAAUGUGUGCCUUCAGUGAGAGAAGUUGGUUCACUAACUAUCAGUGAUGACUGACAUAUGCUGCCCAUUUUCUCAAAUUUUUUGAGUCUGUGUUGGAUGAGGCAGAUGAAACACACCGCUAAUCAUCAUGGCUACAUCUUGUGGUGAGGACAGUGAAGUUGGUCACUUGUUAUCUACUAUCCACUUGGGAAGAUAUCAUCAAACACUGCAAGAUCAUGGAUUCUGUACAGCCAAGGAUUUACUCUGCUUAGACAGUGAAAGCCUUCAGAAAAUGGGUAUCACAGCUACUGGACACAGGAAACGUAUUUUAAAACUUGUGGAACUGUUACAUUUAACAGUACAGAGCCAGGAUGAACAAACUGAGGAAAAGGAGACUGAGGAAAAUCUGUUACCUGUGGCACUUGCUCAACUAAAUGGACAGACUCAUGGGGUCACUGAACUGUCCAUCGUGGUAGGAAUGGACUGUGGUGCUGGCCAUCCUGGAGAAGAGUUAAGUGAGACAAGUGUCCAUCUUGGUGGGCAUAAACAUGAUGAGGAAGAUCAUUCUGCAACUCUUAGUUCUUAUGACCUUGCUGAAAGUCCAACAAGAGAGACACAUGAGAGUAUUCAAAAACCAGUUCCAAAGCCAAGGACUGUUUUUGGUAAACCUACUCCACCUGCAAGAAGAACUGAGAAUAGUGUUCCAGUUGCAUCAAAGGAAUCCCUCCAAGUAUUUCAUGACACUUAUCAGAUGCUGCAACUCUGCCAAGUACAAGAAGUGAGCCAUCAGGACACAGUUCCAUCACAACAGUCUCUCCCGGUACUACAUCCUGACACUUACCAGAUGUUGCAGCCUUGCCAAGCACAAAAACUGAGCCAUCAAGAUUCAAUUUCUCAGUCAGUUACACUUGAAGGCUUUUUUCCAGGAGAAAGCAGCACUGAUAUAGAUGACCAAGAGCAUGAGUUGGAACAUUCAUAUGUAAACACACAGACCCUAGCAAGGUCAAGAAGUUCUGAGUCACUAGUUCAAGGGGACAAGCUAUCUGAUGUUCUUCCAGCACUCCCACCACGGCAGCAUGCGGGGGUCACUGCUUCCAAUGCUGUAAGCCUAAGUCCAACUUUACAGACAAACUUCAGCUUUCUUUGCUCUCCUCCGCAGACGUCAUUGAGUGCAGGUACACGAGAUACAGCAUCGACAUCUUUUGCUCACUCUCAUCCGGAUUCUUCUGGCACAGAACUGCAUAUGGUGCACAAUGAAAUUUAUGCUGGCUUAUCUGUCCUGGACUCACCUCUAGCUUCCUUCACUGAAAGCAUUUUAAGCAGCAUGCCAGGUCAAGAACAUGACCAUGUGUCAGAGCAGGAAAUCACAUCUUCUCAAGAACAUCUAAGCCCCCUUAGCAGAUCAAACAUGGAGCCUCCUGAUGUUCCUGCAAGAUCCAGUAGAUUCUUUGCCUCGGACUCCAUUGAGGAUUCCAUGGAUAUAUACUGUGAUAACACGUUCAACAGGACUCCUGCACAGCAAAAAAAGGUCAGUGAAAAAAGCUGGGAUCAGACAUCUUUAAACUUGCACAGUACUCCAGAUGUGAGGAAUAAUGAAGAAACCGUUCAAAAAGAAGAGAAAGAGAAAGCUACUUCAAAAAGAAUCUCACAAAUUCCAGUCGGUGAUCUGGAAGGUUAUGCUACAUUAGGGUCACCAGCAGUCAUGGAAGAUCUGUUACUACCCUCAUACACAUUCGGUGCAGACGACUAUGCUGAUGAGCUUACAAUUUCACCCUAUGCUAGUUUUACUUCACUAUCAGAGAAGCAAAAACCUAUCAUCAGUGGCUGGUUGGACAAGCUGUCUCCACAAGGGAGUUACGUAUUUCAGAAACGAUUUGUGAAGUUCGAUGGGGUGAAUCUCAUGUACUUUGGCAAUGAUAAGGAUAUUUUCCCCAAAGGUGUCAUCCCUUUGGCUGCCAUACAAAUGGCAAGGACUGUGAAAGAUAAUAAAUUUGAAAUUGUCACCAGUCAGCGAACAUUUGUUUUUAAAGCAGAGAGUGAAGCCCAGAGAAAUGAAUGGUGUAAGACUGUACAACGUAAGGUAGAAGACCAUCACCGCUGUUCGUUGCGUCCCCGUCUUGGCUUGACCAGCUGUUGCAAGAAGUAUGGCUACCUGGAGAUGAAGGGAUACAAGUCUAAAAUCUUUGCUACCCUUAGUAUGGACCAAGUAUGGCUAUAUAAAAAUGAACAGUCCUUUAAGACGGGAAUUGGAAUUACACUGAUUGAUAUGCAUGGAUCUACUAUACGGGAUGCCAAAGGAAAAGGCUUUGAGCUAAUCACUGCCCACAAAACUUUCAGUUUCACCGCAGACUCUGACAGAGAGAAGAAGGAAUGGAUGGAGGCUCUCCAGGAGUCUAUAGCAGAGACAUUUUCUGACUAUGAAGUGGCUGAGAAGAUCUGGUCCAAUAAGUCAAACCGGUCCUGUGCAGACUGCAAGGCAAUUAACCCUGACUGGGCAUCCAUCAAUCUCUGUGUGGUAAUUUGUAAGAAGUGUGCAGGACAACACCGUGGUCUGGGGGCCAAUGUUUCCAAAGUGCAGAGCCUGAAAUUGGACACAAGCAUCUGGAGCAAUGAAAUUGUGCAGCUCUUCAUUGUACUUGGAAAUGAGAAAGUUAACAGCUUUUGGGCAGCAAAACUCACACCUGAGGAAGUAAUUGAUCAUGACUCCACAGUGGAGCAGCGGCGAGAAUUUAUUAUCCAAAAGUACCGGGAUGGCACAUAUAGGAGGUCACAUCCUCGCUAUCAGUCACAGGAGGAGAUCUUAAAGGCAUUAUGCACUGCUAUAAAUGGUCCCAAUCUCCUGAAGACAGUGAUUCAGUUUUUCUCUGAAGCCUUGAGUACAGCAGAAGCUGGAGAAUCAGAUACAUCCCAUCAACAGUCUCCUGACUUACGGCGCAUAUCAACCUAUUCACAGCCAGGUUUAGAAUUACCAGAUGGAAAUUCUGUGGAUACAAUUAGGGUCUAUGAUGAAAUUGUUCACCCUGUUCUGCUACGAGAAUACCUGUAUAAAUCGACUGCCAUCAGUAAAUCUGGGACAUUAAAAAGAAAUAAGGAUGAAUUCCAUAAGCGUUGGUGUUGUUUGGGCAAAUCCCUUCUUUUCUAUGAAUCAGAGAAGAGCACUGAGCCUACAGGAAAGGUUGAGAUGGGUGAGGUUGUAUGCCUAGGAGUAUGCCGAUCUGAUACAUUGAGUAACCCUGGGCCUUCAGACAGGUUCAGAUAUGUGUUUGAGCUGUUCUUGUCCUCAGAAAAAGUGUAUCACUUUGGAACAGAUAGUCUAGAAACCCUCCAGAACUGGACAACAGCAAUUGGGAAGUGGUUCACUCCACUUAGUUGUCACUGCCUGAUAGCGCGAGAAUUUAAAAGAGUUGGAAAGCUACGUUACAAGGCUAUGGUGAACCCAGAUCAAUGGAAGGAGGGCUUCUUUGUGCUACAUAACUCAAACCUGUUCAUUUGUCCUGAGGAAAAAGAAGCAGCAGAGGAUGCAGUCAACCUCAAGCAACUUCAGGAGCUGAAUUUAGUUCCACAUACUGAGAGCUCAGAUAAGAAGGAUGCCCUCGUGCUUGUGGAAAAGGGAAGGACUCUGCAUGUACAAGGAACAACUCGAAUGGAUUUUCCAGCAUGGCACACAGAUAUCCAGGCUGCAGCAGGUGGAAAAGGAAACUCCCUGCGAGAUCAGCAGUUGAGCAGGAAUGACAUCCCCAUAAUUGUUGACAGCUGUAUUGCUUUCAUCACUCAAUAUGGUCUACGACAUGAGGGUAUAUAUCGGAAGAAUGGAGCCAAGUCUCGCAUCAAACUGCUAAUUGAAGAGUUCAGGAAAGAUGCCAGGAAUGUCAAGUUGAGAAUUGGUGAAAACUUCAUUGAGGAUGUUACAGAUGUUCUGAAGAGGUUUUUCCGAGAAAUAGAUGAUCCAGUUUUCAUGGCAGAUCUACAUCCCUUGUGGAAGGAGGCAGCAGAGGUAUCCCAGAAAGCGAGUCGUUUGAACAGAUACAAGGAGCUGAUACACAUCCUUCCAAAAGUCAACAGGACAACACUAAGUGCCCUGAUUGGCCACCUGUACAGGGUACAAAAGUGUUCAGAUAUGAACCACAUGAACACCAAGAAUCUGUCUUUACUUUUUGCUCCAACUUUGUUCCAGUCUGAUGGGAAGGGAGAACAUGAAGUGAAAAUAAUAGAAGACCUGAUUGAUAACUACGUCGAUGUCUUUGGUAUUGAUGAAGAACAAGUUAGCCAAAUGGAUCUGGAAAAUAGUUUGAUAACAACUUGGAAGGAUGUACAGCUGUCACAGGCUGGAGAUCUUAUCAUUGAGGUUUAUCUGGAAAAAAAGAUGCCUGACUGCUGUGUAACCCUCAAGGUUUCUCCAACUAUGUCUGCUGGAGAGUUGACCAAUCAAGUUUUAGAUAUGCGAAACAUAACUCCAAAUGGGAAGGAAUUCUGGCUUACCUUUGAAGCCAUAGAAAAUGGUGAAUUAGAACGCCCACUACAUCCCAAAGAAAAAGUUCUUGAACAAGCUCUCCAGUGGGGGAAACUCACAGAUCCCAGCUCCGCCUUCCUGGUAAUGAAGAAGAUUCCAAGUGGAGAGGGAGCUAUCCUUUUUUCCGGACUAAAAAGUGAAGCUCAGAAAGGUGGAUUGUUGAAAUGCAGAGAGGAGCCACCCAAACUCCUGGGUAACAAGUUCCAGGAACGGUAUUUUCUUCUGCAGAAUCGGAAACUGCUGCUUAUGAAAGACAAAAAGAGUAUGAAACCUGAAAGAGAGUGGGUACUUACAUCUCUGAAGCUUUAUGUUGGAAUCCGGAAAAAAAUCAAAGCACCUACACAGUGGGGAUUAACCCUGGUAAUGGAUAAACAGCAACUUUUCCUGUGUUUUUCAAAGCAAGAAGAACUAUGGGAGUGGAUUACCAGCUUACUUAGAGCACAGCAUGAUGACCCUCAGGCUGUAACUGUGACCAUGAGGCGACAUUCCUCCUCUGAUCUGACCAGGCAGAAGUUUGGCACGAUGCCUCUGGUACCACUUCGUGGAGAUGAUACAAACUCCGGCAUGGUGACAGCCAAUCAAACUCUGCGCCAGUUACAUGCUCGACGGACACUCUCGAUGUUCUUUCCUAUGAAACUGCAGCAAGACUCUGUGGAAGAGCAGAAUGAGCCAGGUGACACAACAGACUCAGAACCUGUUUAUGAGGAAGUAGGAGACAUUGAUGUCGAUGUCCUGAAAUCCCUACGAAGUAGCUCUUACACUGAUGUGAGCACUUUGCCUCUAGAAGGGAAUGUGGACAGCUCCCUGCCAAAAUCUCUCUCUCUUGAACGGACCACAUUUAGUAGCCCAGGUAAGGCAGUUGCAUCUGAAAGAACUGAAUUACCAAGUGCAACAAAGGCACUUAUAUCAGAAAAGACUUUGACUACAGACUCACUAAGAAAUGCUUCCACUGAGAAAGCCUUCUUUACAGACUCUAAAGUAACUGCAAUUGAGCGCAACCUUGGGCUAAAUGUAAAAUCUCUUGCAGCUGAAAGGACUUCUGAACCUUUAAAACAACAAGAUUUAGUAAAAUUUCCAGGAAAAGACUAUAGAAAGCUCCAACAGGGUGACAGAAGCUUGAAUCCUGAGCAAGCAAAUCCUGUUCCCUCAGAACGUUUUCCUUCUGCAGAGCCAUUGAAGUUUGCGGCACGAAGGAAGAGUGGACAGGUGCCCUCACCAGUGCAGGAGAAGCUUCUCCAAGAACUAUCUUCAGCCAUUAUGAAGAAGAAUGAAUCUGCAUCUUUAACAUAGGAGAUGAAAAGAUAUGUUGCCUGAGUCAGAAUCAUUAAGUAUCUACAAAACAAAGAAUAUGCUCUGUGACCCAACACCUCCCCACUCCACAAAUGCACGUAGCUUGUCUGUACUUGACUAACACAUUGCCUGCAAAAUACAAACUGUGUACAGUAAAGAAGUGAGAAAAGUUUUAAACUGAGAUCUCCUAGAAAGGCAGUGGCUAUCAUUAAAUAGUUCCUGUAUAGCCAGUACAGAGAGAAAUGUGAAGCUACAUUGUAAGAAGGGAAGGUUUGAAUAACAGUGUACUCUCUCUCUCUGUCUGUCAUAAACUCAGCUAAACCAUGGGAUCAUUUGCACUCUAAACAUGUUCAGCUGGAUGCUUCAGCUGAGUGGCACAGAGAUUUCUUCUCCAUUUAUUUAACUUUUAGUGCAAGUACUAUCUGAUAGAACCCUGCAGCACAGAACACAGUUGUACAGAAAAGGACUAGGCAGUUCUGACAUUUUCUUUUAGAUUCUGUUUCAGUGCACUACAGUCCAAACAUAUUUCACUUAUGAAAAAUGAAUCAGGGAGUACUCAAAUAGAAAAGGUAAAACGAUACCUCACAGCCCAAAAGUAAACAUUUGCAUAGUCUCUCCCCCCAUUUUAUAAAAUAAAUUAGAAGUUUGCAGCUACCAAAGGUGCUAAUAGUCAUACAGCUCUUAAUUACACUCUUAUUUCUGUGAUAGCAUUCUGUCCAUUGCUUGAACCUUCUUUUAUAACAAAAAUAUUACAUUUUGCCUUGCUGGUUUUUUUUCCUUUUGUUAGUGCAGUGUGUGUGUAGAAAUUCCCACAUCAAGUUUAAGUGACUACUCCUGUCUGUUAAGGUAAAUGUAUUUUGCCUUUUAGGGGUCGCCACAGCAGAUCAACAGUCCACAGAUUGAUUGGCAGUGAUGUUUUUAUGGUGUUGAGUUGCCAGCCCAUUGCCAUACCUUCACAGAAGACACACACAUACACACACACCUACCUGCAUGUCUAUAAAACCCACUCAGUUGCAUGGAGGACAUGCAGACUCCGCACAGAAGGAGCUCCAUCCAAGAAGCGAACCAGAACCUGUUGUUGUGAGGUGAAAUGCAUUAAUGGCUGCCAUGAUAUAUUCAAAAGCUAUUAACUGCUGUCAUUUUAUAGGCAGUGCACUGUAACAACUGCAACAGUGAUACAUUUCUGGAUCUAACAGGGGACUCCAUAUGCUAUAAGUGUCCCAUGAUCAUCAAGCCAUUUUACAUACAGUACAUAUCCAGUGAAAUUAUUUGUCAAAUUACUUAUAUCUUUCCAUAGAUGAUUCUGAUAGCACUUGGUGGAAGUUUUAGAAUUUAAAUAUUUAUUUUUUAUGCACAUCUACAUAAUGCCUUAAUUAGUGAUAAUUAUUUCAUCUGAGACAAAAAAUUCAUAUCUGCUGAUUUGGCUUUACCAUGUAGUUUUUGCAAAAAACAGUGAAUGAAAAAUUCAAGAAAGAUCUUCUCCUUUAAAAAAUAUUGCUGACCGAUGAACUUUUGAUUAGUUAAAUAAAGUGACUUUUACACUGAUAUAUAGAUAGUUAGGCAUGACCUUUUUCAUUCUAAGAAAUCACAAAACAUGCUACUAGUCAUCUGACUGCACUACAAUUUUGCCAAAACCACUCGUUAAAUAAUCCCUUUGUUGACCAUGGUAUGAACAGUUUAGGACAAUGUGCUAAUGUAUUAUCAAGUCAGUGACUAAAUAUUAGAUUACCUCUUUAAAAGAAACAUAAAAAAAUCUGAAUAAGAACUGAAGCCUUGCCAUAGCUCAGAAUUUUAUAAGGUUAACAAAUGAAUGUUCUGCUCAGACUGUUUCACGUGUAUGCUUUAAUAUGGUUAUACAUGAGUGUGUGUUAAUUUUUUAACAAAUAUUAAGAACUCUUGCUUAUUUUAUAAAUUCAUUGAGUGGGUUUAUUCAAACGUCACCCUUUAUAACCAUGACUAAGAACAUGAAGCAGAGAUAAGAAGGAAAGAAUUUUAUAGCACUUGAUAAAACAGCUUGAUAGAUUAGUACUAUGUAUUAUAAACAGAUGAAGUAGCAGUUGAUCCAGAAUGGUGCGAUAGAUACAGGAGAAAACCGCUACAAAUUUAUGGCAAAAGCUGACUAAUAGUAGAGCCACUUCAGUUUAACCAGUACAUCAGACGACAAAAAUUGCACAUACAAAGCCUAAUAUGAAGAAUCACAGUUAUAUCUAGUAUUGUUGCACAAAGAGUCAACUGAUUAUGUUGUAUGCUUACAAAUUAAGCUUGCUUUUUGCUCACAGGUCUUGCUUUGAUAGCAGCUUAGAGUGUGACAUUAACUUGUAUAGCAACAUUUAUAAAAUAUUAUAUUAUUUGUUUUUCAUUGCACAGGUAUUUAGCAUAGACUAAAUGAACUUUACCCUCUGAUCUAGUUAAUGUAUCCCAUUUCUCCCCUCCUUCAGACUGUACAUAUCCUGGAUGUCACGUAUACCCUCACAUUGCAUUUCCCAGCCAUAUAUUACUAACUGCCAGUGUUUUCAUCUGUAUAACUUUCACUUUUUUUAAACAACUUUAUAAAGAACAACAGCAGAACCAUAACAAGAAAUGACUGGGGUUGGUAUAAUGGUUAAGGUGUUUGACUAGCAGACAUAAGGUACAGAGUUUAAUUCUCACAGUUGGAAAGGAAAUUGGCCAUGCUUAGAAAGGUCAAUUAAGAAAGCUAGCUUAGUAAUUAGCUCUGAAGUUAUGAAGCUAAGGAAAAAUGAAAAUUUGAGUGAGUUUGGCAUAAUGCUGAAGGUUUUUCACCUUAUAGAUACAAGGUGCAGUGUUUGAUUCUCACUUCGGAUUAUUGGCAAGGCUUAAAAUGGUCCUUCGGGGCAGUUAACCUAGUAUUCACCUAUGACCCUAUAAAUGAACAAAAACAUCUGCUAAAGACUCAUUAGUUCCUUGUAGAUGUACAGUACAAAUAUAAUCAAAUCUCUAUUAUGCUCGUGAGGCCCAAGUAUAUAAAAAAUGUUCUGAUAAUCAUUUAACUGUAUAAAGUCAGGAUCUUUCUGCAAUGAGAGACAGAGCUUAUGGCAAUGGCAAUGCAAGUCAAGAGUAAUACAACAAUCUAACCAUUCUAAUAUUUAAAUAUAACAGCUGUUACUGUUGUGAUAACAUGCUUUAUCAAUUUAAUUUCACAUGCAUUCAAAGUUCAUCAAUAUUUUUGCUCUUACACUUUUUGUCACACUCACUUGUAAACAACCCACUAAGCAAAAAGCUGAAGUUUAAUUCUUUGGAGUGUAUUUAGAUUAAACAAGUAAUGAGUAAGUAAUAUCACACCAAAAUAUUUUUAUAGAAAUUCUGCAUAUUUAUGUGAUUGCCGCUAGGAUACUGAACAGCUCAUGCCCUUAGCAAGCAGAUAUUUAUGAAGCUUUAUUUGAUGCUAAUGUAUGCAUUUUCCGCUACAGUAUAACAUUACUGAAACAGUCAACAUCCUCCCAUAUCAUUACAUUGUUUUCUGUUUAGACAUAGCUUUCGGCUAACAGUGUAAAUUAAACUGCCAGGAACCUAACACAACUUAAUCCUAUACCUUCAAAUAUGGACUUAGGUUUUACUGUCAUUGAUUAUCUUUUUCAGAAAUAUGCCUACCACUUUAAAAUACAUGAGAGUUUGUAUUUGUUUGUGUAAUACUACAGAAUUGGUAAUAGUCUGUUUUUUGUUUUUAAUUCUGGAAAUCUGCUUAUAGCGACUUUUCUUGACCUGAAUUUUUCCAUUUUAACCGUUAUCCUGGCAGCUUUUAGGUACUUAUUAAUUAUACCUUGCUAGUCAGUUUCUUAAUGUCCAAGAGACGGCUUCACUUUUGUUUUUAAUAUUAAUGUCAGACCUCCCAACUGUCCCGAAUUACUCGGUUUUUACCGA